UUGAAGGCGCACCAUAAAGCCCGGGUUCCUUCGGAGCAUGGAGGAAAACUAGGUCAGAUCGGACUAAAGUCCUUGAUGACAUUUCAUGUGGUUUGCAGGCUCAAUGCACUAACAAGACAGCCAAUGUGGAGAAACUUGCUACUGAGGGGCUCCGCCUGUUUGAUGCAGGCGGCAGCCCCGAAGUUUCUCCAUCAAAGACCCUUUUCAUCCAUCUGUUUGAGAGCCCUCACUCAGAGGCUCCAUCACAGGCCUGGUGGGGCUCCCUGGUUUCAGAGACAUCAGGGCCCAGCCUUCUUCCUGACACAUAAAGGAGUGAGGGAUUACAAAAAGGACGCCAAGCCUACGAUAGAGUUCCCUUUAAGCCCCGUCACAGUGACCGACAUCAAACAGUAUCUUCGCUCCAAAGACAUUCCCUUCCACGAUGGCUACAGUUGCCUCCACAUCCCAAGCAUCUUCGUCGAUCCGUCUCCGAGGAAGGACAGCUACUCGUUGUUCAUCGACAAAACCACCGGACAGUUCCUGUGUAAAGACACGCUGGUGGAGGGGAGCUGGGAGGACCUCCAGGACUGCCUGGAGGUGAUGCAGAAGGACGAGCAGGACUUCCUCAGCCCCCGCGUGCUGCAGGACUACCCAGAGAGCCUGGAGGAGCAGGAGCAGAGGGACAGGGAGCUGAGGGAGGUGCAGGGGAUCUGGUCCAGCUCCGUCCCCUUCCCGGAUCUCCCCGACGAUGAAGUUCAGCUGAUCAAAACCAUGUUCCAGAUCACAAAGAUCUCAACUGCCACUCUCAAAAAGUUUGGUGUGAGGCUUUUUAAGCCUACCAAAAGUCUGGUUUUCCCCUGGUUCGGUGGGCCCGACUCCUCCUUAAAGGGCAUCAAGCUCCUCUCCGCCCAAAUGACCAGCAGCGACGCCGUCGCCUACAACGAGGCUACGGUCCCAAAGUCCAGCUCCUAUUACAAUCUGUUCGGCCUCUCUCUUGUGAAUCGCAUGGACCACGAGGUGGUGGUGACCGGUCACGAGCUGGACACUCUGGCCGUGAGCCAGGCCACCGGACUCCCCAGCGUGGCUCUGCCUCGAGGGGUCAGCUGCCUUCCUCCGGUCCUGCUGCCGUACCUGGAGCAGUUCAAGCGGGUGACGCUGUGGCUGGGAGGGGACGUCCGCUCCUGGGAGGCCUCGAAGAUAUUUUCCCGCAAACUGGGUCUGAGGCGGUGCACGCUGGUCCGGCCGGGGGAGUACCAGCCCUGCCCCGUCGAGGCUCUGGCCCAGGGCAAGAACUUAGGGCGCAUCAUCAAGGCCUCCAUCCCGGCCGCCCACAAGUCAAUCGUUUCCUUCAAGCAGCUCAGAGAGGAUGUGUACGGCGAGCUGGUCAACACAGACCAGGUGGCCGGAGUUAAGUGGAAGAGGUUUCCGGAGCUCAACAGGAUCUUGAAGGGGCAUCGAAAAGGGGAACUCACAGUUUUUACAGGCCCCACCGGGAGUGGAAAGACCACCUUCAUCAGUGAGCUGGCCCUGGACCUUUCCAUGCAAGGCGUCAACACACUGUGGGGCAGCUUUGAGAUCAACAACGUGCGUCUGGCUAAGAUCAUGCUCACGCAGUUUGCCAUGCAGAGGCUGGAGGAGAACCUGGAGCAGUACGACUUCUGGGCGGACAAGUUUGAGGAGCUUCCACUCUACUUCAUGACUUUCCACGGGCAGCAGAAUAUCAAGACAGUGCUGGACACCAUGCAGCAUGCUGUGUACCUCUAUGACAUCAACCAUGUCAUCAUCGAUAACCUGCAGUUCAUGAUGGGGCAAGAAAACCUCUCAGUCGACAAAUUUGCCGUCCAGGACCACAUAAUUGGGGUUUUUAGGAAGUUUGCCACCAACAGCAGCUGCCACGUCACUCUAAUUAUCCACCCGAGGAAAGAGGAGGAUGACAAAGAACUGCAGACAGCAUCCAUCUUUGGAUCUGCUAAAGCCAGCCAAGAGGCAGACAAUGUCCUCAUCCUUCAGGAGAAGAAGCUGGUGACGUGCCCGGGCCGCCGAUCCCUGCAGGUCACCAAGAACCGCUUCGACGGAGACGUGGGGAUCUUCCCCCUGGAGUUCAUCAAGUCCUCGCUGACGUUUUCAGCCCCCACCAAAGGCAAGCACAAGCUGAGGAAGGUCCCGGCUAAAUCGGAAAAUGAGGAGGAGGAGGAGGACGCGCUGGGAGAUGCCGCAGCAGCGAGCAAGGAAGACGGGAAAAAGAAGGAAGAGAAGGCAGAGAAAGUGACAAAAACAAGAAAGAACAAGUGAAACCGUCCCGAGGGAGCGUGAGAGAACAGAACUUUUUUGUCUGUCGAGCAGACGUCUGCCCAAACGCCUCCACGUUCAACAGUUGAAGGCCAGUGAAGACCCAAAGCAAAUAAGCUGAAUGUAGAAAAAAGCUAUUCAAACUGAGAUAAAGACAAGUACGACAGGUUUGAAAUAACAUGCUCAACUGUAGCUAAUCACACUGAUAAUCCAAAAAUAAAGCUUUUUUUUUUUUUUUUACUUUUCCAUCAUGGAAAACAAGAAAGGUGUUGGAACCACAUGAGAUGAUGUUUCAAACACGUCGAGCUUCUCCAGUGUUCAAAAUGCUUCUGCAGAUUUAGGCUGAACUCGUGCCAUUUUUCUAAGAAAACUGUGACAAAAGCUGCUGUAUUUCACGGUUUC